CUUGGCAACUCUGCCAUCUAAUGGCAUCCUUCCAUUUCCGCAGCACCGAAGCUGCCAUAUUUUGUAUUUCCCGGGAAGCUCUUCAAACUUUCAUCUUAGGAAUUACAAAAACAGUAUAUUCAAAAACAAACAUGGAAUUGGAUGACAUUUUGGCUAUAAAGUCGCUGUGCGACCAGAAUAUCAACAAGUUGCAGAAUAAUCUACUCUCCUACCAACGCGAGGUGGAACAAGUGCGGAAAUUUUUAACGGAGCGUUGGGAAAAGGUGGAGCGAGUGGACGGAAGACUUAUCACUUUGCACGACCGCCUGCUGACCAGCCUCAGCGACGUUAAUGCUUACGCCGUAAAACUGAGUCUGCAAAUCAAGCUCAAUCGUCCUGGUAUGCUGAAGGAUGACGAAAAGCACCAGGUGUUGUCAACGAGAGAGGAGGCGGCGAAGCAUUCCCAGAGAAGUGCCAUUGAAGACGCUGCUUCCAUCGAGAAACCAUACGAACAGACCUUGGACUGUGCUGUGGACUUGUCGAAAAAACAUGACUUGGAUGAAAGAGAUCUGACCUCAAGCCCCCAAAAUCACUCUGACAGCCUGGUCGUCUCCAUGCAUUCCAGCUGGGUGAUAGGGCCGCCUGAGAACCUGCAGCCAAAGAUGCCGCCAAUCAAAGCCGACCCAAGACCGGCUUCUUCUGCAAAACUUCCCAAGAUACCCAUUAAGCCACGUGAACGAAGCCUUCUACCUCCUAGUGGCGGUAGGCAAAGGACAAGCAAUGAAAUUUACGAGGAAAUCAGAAAGAAUAUGACUGAUUUCCCACAAAAGAAAGUUGUAACGGCCACUGUGAUGAAUCGGAACAUCGCAGACAAUUGCUUCUUUGUGGCUAAAUGGGGUCCCGAUUCCAAGCCGAUUCAGCAACUGCUGGAGGGCAAGGUUCCUCUUGAGGAGGUUGAACAACUGCCCGAUUACGGUGACAUUUUCGCUGUCUAUGAUUGCUCCAGUAGUUGCAUUCCGCGUGUGGUCAUCAACGCCGCAUCCGAGGACGGCACCUACGAGGCUUAUUUAAUUGAUUAUGGCGAGCACAUCCGACUCAUGGGUAAUGAGACUAUCUUCCAGCUUCCGGAGCACAUAAAGCAACUGCCGGCUGAAGCCGUCAAGUGUCAUUUGACGAACGGCGACGUAAACUCGUUGUCGAAGUUUGUAUACCAGGAUAUCGAACUAAAAAUACUGGAUAACAACGGUAUAGAUUUGGUGGUGGAACUGUUGGACAAAAAUUUAAAACAAGUCGAUCUCCAAAAGUCUACUAAUGAACUACGUUUUCAAAUCGAUUCCACCAAAGAUUCCACAAACGAUUCAAAUAAUAAUUUGACUUCAAAAGAUGACAUUAAUGAUUAUUCUGAACAUUCCUCAGAAGAAUCUACAAAAGAUUAUACAAAAGCUUCUUCAGAACAUUCCUCAAAAGAUUCUAUAAAAGGUUCCUCAAACAGGGACUGCUCGCAGGAUUCUAGCAAAAUUUUUGAUAAGGAAUCAAGAGUUGAGUCAUUACCACAAGAUCGACAUUCCUCUUUUAAAGCAACCGAGGAGGAAAUGGCUAUUCUAAAUGAAAUUGAAGAGGGCACCAGUGAUCCUUUGAAAGCUCUUCUAGGCUACCAUCCCACUGAUGAGCAGCGUAUUUGCAAAUUCUACGAUCCAGAGCUCAACGGUUGCUUCAAAGGCAACAGCUGUCGUUUGGUUCAUGAACCGUUUGCACCACACGGUGCCACCAAGGAUGUACAGGUGGCUGGAGCCCUGCCAGAAACAGAGUUUGAUGCACCAGUGGCACAACAGGUUGGCAGCAAGGUGCGAAUGCAGGUUACUUACAUCAAUAGCCCCACAGAGGUGUACGCCCAAUUUAUAGACGGAAACACACCUUUGGUGUGGGACAAGAAUGACAUUCCCGAAACCAAAUGCAGCCUUAAAGAUAAGCCGCACACUUUAGACAUUGUGCUGGCUUUGUACUGUGAUGGCUGCUACUAUCGCGCCCAGAUUGUUGACGAAUUGGAUGCCGAGUACAAAAUAUUCUAUGUUGAUUAUGGCAACACAGAGUUUGUUCCGCUUCACCACUUGGCUCCCUGUCCAGAUUCCGAAAGACUAAAGCCCUAUCGUGCCAUUAGCUGUCACAUUGAGGGCGUUUAUCGCUCAAUGAAUCAUCGGAUGUCCUCUGAGGGAGUUGAGUUCAUGAAGAGCAAGUUGUUGAAUAUGGAGAUGGAUGUUAAGUUGGUUGCCCGACUUCCCGAUGGAUUCCUCGUUCGUUUUUUAAAUGAAUAUUCUGAUGUGACGCAACUCCUGAUAAAGAGGGGAUAUGCCCAUCCAGCAGAAGGACCAACCCGUCGAUACGUCGAGCAGGAGAUCUUGGACAACGACUAUUAACCCAUGCGUCGGAAUAUGUUUUUGUAGCGUAAUUCAGUAGAUUUAAGAGAAAAGUAUAUUAUUAGAUAAAAUGUUAGGAUUAAGACUUGUAAGAAGUUGUGUUGAUCACAAAGCCAUAUUGACAAUUUUGUUUAAAAGCUGCAAGGAGGUUAUCCACUAUUUUGUUUCUUACUUUUUUUUUAGAAAAGCUAGGAGGUAUGUCCCCACUUUUAAGUUCAAUUCGUAAUUAGAAAACCUAAUAAAUCAACUGCAUUCGGGCAGUAAGUUAUUCCACAUGUCACAUUAAA